AAGUGACCUUCUCCAUAUUUCUUUCGCCCCACUUUUCUGGUACACGGAGAGAUAUUCGAGAAUCAAGAUACAGUGUACGGUAUUUGCUCUCUCGUAGUGUUUCGAAGCUUAGUAAGGAAGUUAGUAUGUAGUAGAGCGCCGAUCUUGCAACGUUAUUAUACGGAAGGCUGUGAUCUAACUAACUUUCUGUUCCGUUUAACCUUUUAUUAUCAAAUUGAACAAUUAAACGCCUAUAGAAGGUCCUGCAGUGUUUGCGAACAUGGCACAAACAAAUGAUAAACAAAUACCUAUAAAUUAUACUGAUUUAGUUCAGCAAUCACGGGAUACGUUUAACAGUGGAAAAACAAGACCGAUAGAAUGGAGAAUCAAACAAUUAAAACAGCUUACACUUAUGUUAACGGAAAAUACUUCAGAACUUACAGCAGCAUUUGCAUCAGAUUUACGUAGGAGCAAGUUCGAAUCAUUUGCGUUGGAAAUCAAUUAUACAAUCCAAGAGAUUAAAUACAUGCUGAUGAAUAUUAAAGAAUGGGCAGCAAUAGAAAAGCCGAGCAAGUCACUUGCGUACUUUUUUGAUGCAGUAGAAAUCCGGAAAGAUCCUUAUGGAGUUGUAUUAGUUAUGGGUGCAUGGAAUUAUCCCCUUCAACUAUGUAUAGUACCUAUGAUGGGCGCUAUUGCAGCUGGAAAUUGCGUGAUUGUAAAACCGUCCGAAAUUGCAAUGGCUACGUCGAAAUUUUUAUACGAUACCAUUCCGAAAUAUUUAGACACGGAUAGUUGCCGUGUAAUACUGGGAGGAAUCUCAGAAACGACAGAGCUACUCAAGCAACGUUUUGAUUAUAUUUUUUAUACUGGAUCCUCUGUGGUUGGAAAAAUCAUACGGAAAGCUGCUAAUGAGUUUCUCACACCUGUUACAUUAGAGUUGGGUGGAAAAAGUCCCGUAUACAUAGAUAACACAGUAGAUAUAUCUAUGGCAGCAAAACGCAUUUUAUGGGGUAAAUGCAUCAAUAUAGGUCAAACUUGUAUCGCACCCGAUUAUAUGUUAUGUACACCCGAGAUACAGAAAAAAUUUAUUGAGGAAGCCAAAAAGAUUUUACACGAAUGGUACGGUGAUAAUCCACGUGAGAGUCCCGAUUUGGCACGCAUUAUUUCGGACAAACAUUAUCAGCGGCUUGUCAAUUAUUUAAGUGACAAAAGCAAAAUUGCCGUUGGUGGCGACGUGAAUCCUGCAGAAAAAUUUAUUUCGCCCACAAUACUAGUUAAUGUCAAACCAACGGAUUCCAUCAUGCAAGAGGAAAUAUUUGGACCGUUAUUGCCUAUAAUAAACAUUAAUAAUGCAUACGAAGCAAUAAAUUUCAUCAACAGUCGUGAAAGCCCACUUGUACUGUACGUAUUUUCGACGAGCAAGGGGGUACAAGAUCUAAUUAUAGAUCAGGUCAGCAGCGGAUCCGUGUGUGUCAACGACACGGUAUUACAAUAUGCCGUUGAAACUCUUCCUUUUGGAGGAGUAGGUUAUUCUGGUAUAGGAGCCUACCAUGGAAAAUUUACAUUCGACACAUUCACGCAUAAGAAAGGUUGUUUGAUUCGGAAUUAUAACAAAAUUGCAGAAAUCCUGGCCAAAUCCCGUUUUCCACCCUAUUCCGAUACAAACUUGAAGUUGCUCGAACUUUUGGUCUCAAAAAGAUCUAAUUUGCCCCUUUUGAAGUAUGUACCGUAUGUACUUAUAUUCGGUCUCGGGAUGCUCGCCACAUUUGGAAUCAAAGCUGCAAUGAAGGAAUAUAAUUACACGGAAGAGAAGUAACGCCAUCGAUAUCAUGCAGCGUCUUCAAAUGCAUCCAUAGGAUACAUUUUCUAAUUUAUAUUAUAGUUAAUUGCUUUUUA